CUCCCUAUCCUCCCGAUCCUCCUCUCUCUAGAAAACAAAACAAAACCGGCAGCAGGAGUGGGGAGAGAGAAAGGAAGAAAAAAAAUUAUCCAUCAUCACUUCGUAGUCCCGCACACAAAUCUCGCGCACGCACGGGGCUGUGGGGGCGGCGCCGGCUCGAUCCGCGGCCGAAACCCUAGGUGGUGGCGGGUGGUGGUGGUGGUGGUGGAGGAGGAGGAUCGGGAGGGGAUGGCGUCGCCGAAGAAGGACGGGGGGUUCCUGACACAGGACCAGCGGGAGAAGCUGCGGAUCGCGGUGCAGAACGCGGAGACGCUCUCGCUCGCCUCCCCGCGCUCGCCCACGGGGGGCUCCACCUCCGCGCUGCUGCAGCAGUACGAGCUGCAGAUGCUGGAGCAGAAGCGCGCCGCCGCCGCCGCCGCGGUGGCCGCGGGUAGGGGCGGGGGCGGGGGAGGAGGGGGAGGCGGAGGCGGAGGCGGGGGACCGAGGCACGUGCGCCGCUCGCAUUCCGGGAAGACCAUCAAGGUGAAGAAAGAUGGUGCUGGUGGCAAAGGGACUUGGGGCAAACUUAUUGAUACUGAUGCAGAAGCCUGCCUUGACCGAAAUGACCCAAACUAUGACAGUGGCGAGGAGCCAUAUGAGUUAGUUGAAGCCCCUGUUACAACCCCACUAGAAGUCUACAAGAAAUCUGUUGUCCCAAUAAUUGAGGAAUAUUUCAGCAAUGGUGAUGUCAAAUUGGCUGCUUCUGAUCUUAAAGAGUUGGGUUAUGAUGACUUCCACCGUUACUUUGUCAAGAAGCUUGUUUCCAUGGCAAUGGACAGGCAUGACAAGGAGAAAGAGAUGGCGUCUGUGCUGCUAUCAUCUCUUUAUGGCAAUGUGAUCAGUUCAACUCAAAUCAGACUGGGCUUUGUGCUGCUGUUAGAGGCUGUUGAUGAUUUGGCUGUUGACAUACCUGAUGUGGUUGAUGUGCUCGCGCUUUUCAUUGCACGUGCAGUUGUUGAUGACAUUUUGCCACCUGCUUUCCUCAGCAAGGCAAAAGUGACUCUCUCAGAGUCCUCAAAGGGUUUGCAGGUUGUACAAAUUGCAGAGAAGAGCUACCUUUCAGCACCUCACCAUGCAGAGUUGAUUGAGCGACGAUGGGGUGGUUCAACUCACAUCACAGUAGAAGAGGUGAAGAAGAGGAUUGCUGAUCUUCUAAAGGAAUACAUCAGAAAUGGUGAUACAGCUGAGGCAUGUAGGUGCAUUAGAGAGUUGGCAGUGCCAUUUUUUCAUCACGAGGUGGUGAAGCGAGCUCUUACGCUUGGAAUGGAGAGCCCAGCUGCUGAAGCUCUUAUUGUCAAGCUUCUGAAGGAAGCAUCUGAAGAAUGUCUGAUAAGCUCUAGUCAGAUGAUGAAAGGAUUCUCUCGUGUUGCUGAGAGUCUUGAUGAUCUCAUUCUUGAUAUCCCAUCUGCAAAAUCUGAAUUUCAGCUGUUGGUAUCAAAAGCAACAUCUGAGGGAUGGCUAGAUUCUUCGUAUAUGAGUUCAGGUGCCAACGGAAGUGUUGAAGAUGAUGAACAUGAGAAGCUGGCAAGGUACAAGAGGGAGGCUGUAUCUAUAGUUCACGAGUACUUCCUUUCUGAUGAUACAGCAGAGGUUAUCCGUAGCCUCAAAGAGCUUGGUUAUCCAGAAUAUAACCCAAUUUUCAUCAAGAAGCUCAUAACAAUUGCUUUGGACCGCAAGAACAGAGAGAAAGAGAUGGCGUCGGUUCUUCUAUCCUCAUUGAGCAUGGAGCUAUUCUCUACUGAAGACAUCGUCAAGGGAUUCAUAAUGCUCCUUGAAUCUGCAGAGGACACCGCACUGGAUAUAUUGGAUGCCUCAGACGAGCUGGGACUGUUCCUAGCCAGAGCUGUGAUUGAUGAUGUUCUCGCGCCUCUAAACUUAGAUGAGAUCAGCAGCAAGCUUCCACCAAACUGCAGCGGGGCUGAAACGUUGAACAUGGCACGCUCACUUGCAUCAGCCCGCCAUGCAGGUGAGAGGCUUCUCAGAUGCUGGGGUGGUGGAACUGGAUGGGCUGUGGAGGAUGCCAAGGACAAGAUAACAAAGCUCCUGGAGGAAUACGAGAGUGGAGGCGAUGUAGGGGAAGCAUGCAACUGCAUCCGCGAGCUGGGAAUGUCUUUCUUCAACCAUGAAGUUGUCAAGAAGGCUCUCGUGAUGGCGAUGGAGAAGAAGAAUGAGAGGACCCUGAGCCUGUUGCAGGAGUGCUUCGGUGAAGGCAUCAUAACCAUCAACCAGAUGACCAAGGGGUUCUCAAGGGUCAGGGACGGGCUGGACGACCUGGCUCUCGACAUUCCUGAUGCCAGGGAGAAGUUCCUCUCCUACGUGGAGCGUGCCAAGAAGAGCGGAUGGCUCCUGCCCUCGUUCGGCAUUGCGGCUGUGGCUUGAACAGCUGGUUGGAGAAGUAUGAAGCUGAAGCAGAAGGCAGGGCGCAGGCCGUAGCGUCUCGCAACUGUGACCCAGUUCCCUUGCGUUUCUGUCCGUGUGUCGUUGCGCUUGUGCGUAGGUAGAGGAGCGAGCCCCUCCUGGUUGCGGUGGUGGUGGCUUGUGUGUCUAGGUGUCGCAUCUGACAUAUGCUCAUGCUGUUCUUGUUUCAUUCCAUUUUAACUCUCCAUAGAACCUUUUUUUACAUCAAGUGAAAACAAAGAGAAAAGACCGUGUUUGUAAAAAUUUUACCGUGCUCCUCCUGCA